CCCGCGCGGGGUGCGGUGCGGUCCGUGCCGGGGCCGGUCCCGGUCCCGGUGCCGCUGCCGGGCGGGUCCCGCUGUCCAUGUCCCCCCGGGCCGCCCCGCCGCGGUUCGGGCCGCUGCAGUUGGCGCUGGCGGCGGCGGGGACGGCGGCGGCGGCGCUGGAUCUGUUCAUGGACGGGUGGGUGGCGGCGGAGUACGUGCGGCGCGGGCAGCUGGGCUGGGCCGCGCUGUCGCUGUCGCUGCUCGCCGCCGCCUCGGCCGCCGCCCAGGCCUGCAGCUGGCUCUGGCUGCGCUCCGACCCGCCCGCGCUGCGUCCCGCCGUGCCCGCCGCGCUGCUCGCCGCCUUGCACCUCCUGCAGCUCGGCUUCCUCUUCAGGUGCCUCCAUGCUCUGAAGGUGGGCUGGAAGGUGUGCUGGGCAAAAGCAGAGGAGGAGGAGGAGCAGAGACACAUGGCCUUCCUCUCCCAUGACAUCAGCAUGCUGCGGCUCUUCGAGACCUUCCUCGAGAACACCCCGCAGCUCACCCUGCUCCUCUACAUUAUCCUUCAGACAAACAAGGCUGAGAUCUCCCAGGGCCUGGGGAUUGGCACUGCGCUCCUGUGUGUGUCCUGGUCUCUGCUGGACUACCACCAGUCCCUGCGCUCCUUCUUGCAGGACAAGUACGAGCUGAGCCGGGGCUCCUCCAUCAUCUACUUCCUGUGGAACCUCUUCCUCAUCUGUCCCCGCGUCCUGGCAGUUGCCCUCUUCGCCCUGCUCUGGCCCUAUGGCGUGGCUGUCCACUUCCCAAUCGUGUGGCUGGCCAUGUUCCUCUGGGUCAGCCUGCAGGGCACAAACUUCAUGGAAUCACCUGGCCCUGAGCAGCUUUACCGGGCCAUGGUGGCCGUGAUCCUCUACUUCAGCUGGUUCAACGUGGCGCAGGGGAGGACGCUGCACCGCAGCAUCAUCUACCACAGCUUCAUCCUGGUGGACAGUACACUGCUGGCCCUCUCCUGGCUCUGGGGCCAGGCCCCCUCUGAGGACCACUGGUAUCUCCUCCCAGUGGUCUCUGCCGCCCUGCCCUGCUACCUGCUGGGACUGGGGCUGAGGGUCACCUACUACAAGUGGCUGCACCCCAACAGGCAGGUGCAGCAGGAGGGUGGCUAUGACGAGGUGGAUGCCGAUGGAGGGAGUGAUGAGCUGGAGUUUCGCUCGUUCUCUGAGCCGGACCUUGUGAACAGGCGGAUGCAGUGCCUGGCCCAGAUCCAGUUCUCUGUCUCCCAGCUGGCACGGCAGCGCUUCCUGAAUGGGGCUGCUGCCCUCGAGUCUGCUGCCUGAGGGCAGCUCCUCCAAAGGGACAUGCAGGGGAGGUCUAUUUGUUAGUUGUGGUCCUGGUUCUGCUCUCCCAGGCUGUUGUUUUGGGCAGCUGGAGAGACCUGGCAGGAAUGAGGGAUGAUAUGGAAAUGCCCAAGGAGUCCCAUGGCACACAGCAUGGCUCCCAUGGCUGCACCCUCAAGGAAAGCCACGGUGUUUGUGGCAGGUCCAGCACAUUGUGGCAUGUGGCAGGUCCAGCAUGGGUGCAGUGCUGUGUCAGCUUUCCUUGUUAUUUAUUAUUAGCUUGUUCAGAAGAAAAACCCCAAGAGCA